UGCAUGCUGGGGCUUGCAGUCCGGCGCAGUGACCACACCGAGGCGCUCGCGGAGCCAAUGAACGGGCGGGACACUGGGGAGUGGCGGGCUCCGGGUCACGGCCCGGAGGAGCCUCCGCCGCCUCGGGCGGGCCCCGCGCCGUGUUCUCCGAUCCUGUCCCGCCCCAUCCCUCCGUCCUGCCCCGUCCAGCUCUGGCUUGUCCUGUUCCGGAUGGCCGCGAUCUCUUGGGCACCCGCGGGACGAGCUCAGGGCCACAGCCUUGUGCCCCGCAGACGUGGUGACCUCACGGUGAUGGACACAGAGCUGGAAAACGCUGGAAGAACUCCGGCCCAUCACAGCAGGUUUCUGAAGGUGCGCGAUGGAAACGCUCGUGGGAGGCUGUGGGGCCAGAGGCCGGGAAACAGCAUGUGGGCAGAGAGCAGCCCUGGAGCCCAGAGCACGCUGCGCAGCACCUCCCACAGGCGGUUAAGCUCAGUCCUGAAUAAAGUGGCACAACUAGAAAGCAAAAUCAUGCGUCAAAAAAAGCACCUGGAAUUGCAGAACACUGACUCGGGCCUGAAGCCUUUGGCUGAGGAGUGCACCUCAUCUGCCUCUGGGCAUGAAGGUGGUGCCAGGGGCAAGAAGUACUGGAAGAAUUACGGUACCAGUGGGAAUGGGACCCGCAGGGAUGCCUGUUCUGAGGAAGAAAGCAUCCAAAGCCCUAAAAGGAAUGCUAUGGUUAAACAACAGCUUGAUCUGGAUAGUGAUGAAGAGGAAAUGAGAGAAUUGAUGAAGAACUCUUUGGGCUUUUCCAGUGGAAGUGGGAAUCAGAAGGUUCUGAGCAAGACUCCAGUUCCAUCAGGAAGGGCUCCUCUACCUUGUAAGGAAGUUUCACCAGCAGAGUUCCCUAAAGCAUCUUCUUUUCACAACAAAGAUUCAGAGAAAAGUGUGUUUGGUAGAGUUAAUUCACCAGCACCUUCACCCGCCAGCAGAAACCUGUCAGGACAUACCAUGGGAUCUCAAUUACUGUCGUCUUCCAUGAAAGACAACACUGUAAAGAUUGCUCUGCCUAAAGCAGGCUACACCAAGCAAAUCCAAGAAUCCCUUGAAAGUGACAGAAGUCAAAUAAAGUCAUUAGAUGAAUUAUUUUCUGAAGGGACUAAUGCAGAGGAUCCAACCAGCAGCAGCUUGAAAUGCUUCAGACGAAAUGUCAUGAGCCUUGAUGAUUUGGCACCAGAUACUACCAGUAAGGCAGCAGAAUUAAAGCAGAAAGGAAAAGACAUCCAGUUUACUCAAGAAUCAAACAAAUAUGUGAAAAAAGAUACAUUGCUGGUGGGAGAGGACCAGGCUGCUCUUAAAAUGACCAGUGCAAUAACUAGUGUGAGUGAUUCUUCUGAAGAGGAUGUUGAAAAAUGUGUCUCUGAAGCAGAAAUCUCUGAACAUUUAAGUGGAGUUUCCUCAGAUUUCCCUCCAUACAAACAGGAUUAUCUUAAUCAGAAUGAGAGAACUCUUAAUUCAGAGUAUUCUGAAGACUUUGAAAAGUCUCUGUCUACAGCAGACGGGGAAUCUGUAGAGGGACAUGCUGAGAGCUGCACGUGUUCUGGAGCACAGCCAUCUGCAGCUUCAUCCCUACUGGUGGCCCGAGAGCAGCACAGCCGGGGGCGCCGAGUGACCCUCACAGAAACCGCGGUUCAGACAGCAGAGCCUCCGUUCACCUCCUGCUGGGCAAAGGCAGACCCCUCUGCAGUGCUCACCCUGCCUGCUGGAACCAGAAACUUCGAUCCAGUGCCAACUGCCAGUCACAUGAUCAGUAUGGAUGCAGUAGAAGCCCUGACUGCAUACAGCCCCUCGGUUCUUGUUUUACACGCCAUGUGCAAGCAGCACGUGAUGCUGACCCAGCAGUUUGUCGAGAACGUUCACCGCCUUCACACGUCCCUUGUGGAGUCAUUAGAGCAUGAGAAGUUCCACUACCAUACCCUGGAAGAGGCUAAGGAGUACAUCAAGAAUCACAAAUCCCCACCUCUAACAAUUGAGCAAGCGCUUGAAGAAAUUCGGAGAGCCCAGGAGAAAUAACUGCUUGGACAGUUACUGAGCUUUAAGUGACAUUUAUAUUUACAGCUCAAAGGCUGAAACAAGAAACUUUUCCAAGCUGCACAGAAAAAAGGUUCUAAACCAUAUUGGAAGGAUUAGUACAAACUGCUAUAUUAGUAUAAAUUAGUUAGUACAAGUUCCUAAUUAUUACAUAUAAUUUACUUUUCUAUAGCUGAAUGUUUUACUUAUGUACACAAUACAGGGAUACGCAGGAACCUCCAGCCAGACUAUGUCAGCAAAAGAGACGUCAAAGUAACACUUCUGUCUAAUGCGACCAUGAUAAGUCAUCACAGUGCACGUAUUUAUUCAGUGAAUUGUGACAUCUGUGAUCGCAUCUAUGAUUGUGGUAGAAGUGAAAGUCUGUACUACAGCCCCUGAGAAAUAUGACCACAGCAGGAAAUUACCAUAUCCUCACCUUAGUGCCAUUCUCCAAGCAGCGUUUCUAUGUAAUCAGCC